UCCUUCACUCGGGCUCGGGAGGGGAAACUACUCCAAGCCACUGCAGCGCCUGUGCAUGCAUUCGGCUGGCAUGGAACCGCUUUGGGGCUUUUCUGCCUUUUAGAAACUGCCACCGAAUCUAAAGGCUAAGAUCGUCCCCUGGUUUUUGUGCGCGGGUGGAAGUUUCUUUGGGGGCUCUGCGAAGAGGUGGUGCCUUCUACCAAAGAGCUAAAUGGACACAAUCAGUGUGGACAUGAAGCACUGGGAGGUGCCAAUGAUGAACAGCUGGUGCUUUGGGCAGCUGCUGAAAGUUGUGAUGUGGAUGUGAGCUAUGAUGUCCCCUGUCUACGAACCUCUAGCCUUGAGAACAUGACAACGGUACAAAAUGGCUUUGGCAAUAGCCCUCCCAGCACCUAUGCAGUUAUGGAACCAACCGAGACCAGAACUGUCAUUAAUUCUUCCUGUCAGAAUGGGGUGUGCAAGAGCAGUAACAAUAGUGAUUCAGAAGCCCAGGAAGACAAACUCAGCCCUUCCAAACUCAUGCGUCUUUUCUCGGCCACUAGGAAGAGGAGUAGUUGCAAUGCAGAGAGGCCCCGCUCCAUGAUUUUGAUGGGCAAUUCUUCAACCUGGAAUGCUUUAUCUUCCUUUAGGAAAAUGGGAUCAUUUAAAAAACUGAAGUCCUCAGUUCUUCAAGGCAUUCAGGGUCGGGAGGACCCAGAUGUCUUAAAUGAGGAUGCUUCUGAAAAUGAUUUGGGAAAACACAUUCCCAAUGGUGCUGUGACAGGAGUCCAAACUAACAGGUAUUCUCAUGCAGGGCAAUUGAAUGAUUUCCAUAAGUUGGUGGAUGGGGGAGUAUCAGAUUGCUCUGACCCAGAAGAAAAUGAUGAUACUUUCCUGAGGAAUACUCACAGGUCAAGGAGCAUCAGGAGAGCCUAUGGCAUAGGCCGAAUUAAUUUAAUGGACAUGGAGAAGCAUCCCGGCCCCCAGCACUCUGCUAGGCCUCUGUCGCCCAUCAUGCAGGAGCCCCAAAUCUGUGAAAUUCUAGUGAAAAACUCUGAAAAUAACCGUAUUAUCUACAGGCGAAGCAAGAGUACCGACAACUUGAACUUCCUGAGGAAAAGUUCUUUCAAGAGGAAGUCCACCUCAAAUCUCACUGACCUCAAAGUGACAAAUGAGAAACACGAAAUUCAAAGGACACUAAGUUCUCCUGCCGACUCCGAUAAAACCAGUGGGUUGGAGAGGAGGUCGAAACGCUGGAAGAGUCCAAUAAGAGCCAAGGAUUUUGAUCGAGUCUUGAAACUUGUAAGUAACGUUGCCGAUGCUGCUUGGAAGAGAGAGACUCCUAAGAGUGGAACACCAUCCCCCAGUGAGCCAAACCAAAGAAUACAGCUCAACAGCCAACUUCACGAUGAUUACUCCCGCCGUGUUUCUACCAAUACGGAACAUGACCGAAAGAGGUGUACAUCCCCAGUAUGCAAUGUAGAGUCUUCCUUUACAGUAAUUCCAAGCCUCAGUCCAACCAUUUCUCAGGGCACUGAUACAGAUAUUGAAACAAAGGUGUUUCCUCCCAAAGCCAAAUCCCCCCAGACAUCGGGAUGUGUUCGUCAGUCUUCUGACAGUUCCUCAUCAAGUCCCAUUGUCCUGAAAGCAUUUAUCAAAGACUCUGAUAAACCAAAAAAUACAAGCCAGUUUACAUGUGAAUUGGAGUACCCCAUCACACCUCCUCGGCCCACUGCCCCCAAACCUCAGAGCCCUGUUUCAGAAAAUGCCAAGUACAAUAUUAAUUUCCGCUGUCCAAACACUCAUAGUACAUUGUCUCUGAGCUCAAUGGAAAGUGAAGAAAGAGCAGAAAUGCCUGCCCUGAAGGGGAGAAGCCCAGUGUCCUUCCAGGAAUCAGUGAAGACAGUGUAUUAUGAUGAUGGUAAUGAAGACAGUGGCAUCAGCAGCCACUCGCAGCUGAGCCUCAAUUUAGCUACUGGUCCAGAGGAGAGGAAGGAAGAGGUUGUUACUGAUGAACAGUGGAGGAAGUCUUCCUCCCAGGAUGAAGAAAGGACCGAGCCUCAAAGAGUCACAAGGAGGAGAUGGGGUUCUGGAAAAAGAUCUCGACCUAGGCCCCUCUCUGAUUAUAGUCAGUUGACAAGCAGAAGCUUCUCCAUUCCUGAAGACUCAGUUGCCAUGGAAACCCAGAAACUGGACUGUAUGGAUGGAGGAAACCAGCAGAGCAUGGCCUCCUCUGACACUUGUGACCAAAAUGUUUCUUUGGGCUACCCAAGAGGAUGCCGAAAAAGAAGACCCAUCUCUGUGAUAGGUGGGGUCAGCUUCUAUGGGAACAACCAGACGGGAGAAAUAGAAAAUCUUCUGACCCAACCAGUAACGAGGCCACCAGUUCCAGCUCAUCAAGUGCCACCAUAUAAAGCUGUUUCUGCCCGGUUCCGGCCAUUCACCUUUUCUCAAAGCACACCCAUUGGGUUGGACCGAGUUGGACGCAGAAGGCAGAUGAGAGCAUCUAAUAUUUCUACAGAUGGAGCUACAGAGUCUUCAGCCUUAGUUGAUGACAAUGGAAGUGAGGAAGAUUACAGUUAUGAAGAGCUCUGUCAAGCCAGUCCCAGAUACUUACAGCCUGGGGGAGAACAGCUCGCCAUCAAUGAGCUGAUCAGUGAUGGCAACGUGGUAUGUGCGGAAGCUCUGUGGGAUCAUGUGACCAUGGAUGAUCAGGAACUGGGCUUCAAAGCUGGAGAUGUCAUCCAAGUACUGGAAGCCUCUAAUAAGGACUGGUGGUGGGGCAGGAAUGAGGAUAAGGAAGCCUGGUUUCCUGCUAGCUUUGUCAGGUUACGAGUCAAUCAGGAAGAACUUUCAGAGAAUUCCAGCAGUACUCAGGGUGAAGAGCAAGAUUCAGAUGCUGGGAAGCACCGCCAGAAACAUUCAGAAAACAAAGACCAGAUGAGGACCAAUGUUAUACAAGAGAUCAUGAACACCGAACGAGUCUAUAUCAAACAUCUCAAAGACAUCUGUGAGGGCUAUAUUCGGCAGUGUCGCAAACAUACAGGAAUGUUCACUGUUGCACAACUGGGUACCAUUUUUGGAAACAUUGAAGAGAUUUACAAAUUCCAAAGGAAGUUCUUGAAAGAUCUUGAGAAGCAGUACAAUAAAGAAGAACCUCAUCUGAGUGAAAUAGGAUCCUGCUUUCUUCAACACCAAGAAGGCUUUGCCAUCUAUUCCGAAUACUGUAAUAACCAUCCUGGGGCCUGCCUGGAGCUCUCCAACCUGAUGAAGCAGGGAAAGUACAGGCAUUUCUUUGAAGCCUGCCGCCUGCUUCAGCAGAUGAUUGACAUAGCCAUUGAUGGGUUUCUCCUUACUCCGGUUCAGAAGAUUUGCAAAUACCCUCUGCAGCUGGCUGAGUUACUGAAGUACACCACUCAAGAGCACAGUGAUUACAACAACAUAAAGGCAGCAUAUGAGACCAUGAAGAAUGUAGCAUGCUUAAUCAACGAGCGUAAACGCAAGUUAGAGAGUAUAGACAAGAUAGCACGCUGGCAAGUGUCCAUUGUGGGCUGGGAGGGGCUCAAUAUUUUAGACCGCAGUUCAGAACUGAUCCAUUCAGGAGAACUGACCAGAAUCACAAAACAAGGAAAGAGCCAGCAGAGAACUUUCUUCCUCUUUGACCACCAGCUUGUGUUCUGCAAGAAGGACCUCCUCAGGCGUGACAUGUUAUACUACAAAGGCCGGAUUGACAUGGAUGAGAUGGAGUUGAUGGACAUUGAGGAUGGACGGGACAAGGACUAUAAUAUCAAUGUAAAGAAUGCCUUCAAAAUUAUCAAUAAAUCAGCAGAAGAGGUGUAUUUGUUUUGUGCCAAAAAGCAAGAGGAUAAAGGCAGGUGGCUGCAAGCCUGUGCUGAUGAAAGAAGACGAGUACGGGAAGACAAAGAAAUGGGAAUGGAAAUAUCAGAAUCUCAAAAGAAACUUGCUAUGUUAAAUGCUCAAAAACCAGGCCAUGGAAAGUCAAAAGGCUAUAAUGGGUGUUCUGUGCCUCCUCCCCAUCAAAGCUUACAUCCUAUUCACCAACGCCACAUCACAGUGCCUACCAGCAUUCCUCAACAACAAGUUUUUGCCCUGGCAGAACCUAAGAGAAAGCCAUCUCUCUUUUGGCACACCUUCAAUAAACUCACCCCAUUCAAGAAAUGAAAAAAAAAAACCCCAACAAACAAACCCACCAUCUCCCUGCUGGCAGGGGCUUUGUAUGGAGAAGAAACAUGUUCUUUCAUUUCCUCUAUUUGAAAUUCCUCUUGGACCCAAUGCUAAAGAUCAUCUUUGCUAGGGAUCAGUGAAAGAGAGAGGAGGACUUCAGCUCACCUUCUUCCAGGAACUUCUUGGAGAGUAGAAGAAGGCCGUGAUGCACAGUCAUAAGACUUGCUUGCAUUAUAGGCACUUAAUAAUGGCCUGUUGAAUUGGAACCCUUCAUAUUCUUUCUGCUUUGAAUUGACCAGAGACUUGGGGAUCUGUGACAUGCUCUAAAGCAAUUGUUGAUUCUACCAAACAAGCAUUGCUAAUGAUGAGCAUGUUCAUUAGUGACCAGAGAAGUUGUUGCAGUUUCAAAGGUGAAGAUCCAAGGACUUGUUUUUUCAGCUUGUCCCAAAGUGUGACUAGCUUUGGAGGACCAUUGUUACAUUCCCAACACCAUGCUUGGUUUUGAGGGAAAUCAUCUCUAGAACUGAAAGAUUUCUUCUUGUCAUGUGUUCACUGGUAUCUAAGGGAAGCUUUUGUUUUCCGCCAAGGUAUCUGUUAACCUCAUAUCACCCAUUCAUAGCUGCAGAAGAAGGCCAAGGACCUUCCUGUUGAUUUCUGUACUUCCAAAAAUUUCCCAAAUGGUAGUGGGACAUGGUGCACAGAUUCAUUCUCUUGCAGGCUAGGAGAAAAAUAAAAGGCUAUUGUUGAAUCAAAUGGCAGCAAUAACUUGAACUUGACCAAAGUGUUCAGAAGGUCCUGCUGCUUUCAAGGAAGGAAAUGAGAAGACCCAGGUCCUGUUGAGUUCAUUUUUGCUCAAAUUACCUAUUCUUCUGCAUGUAUUAUAGAAUUUAGCAUGCAGAAAUCAAUUCUUGCCCCACAAUCAGAUCUAUGAGGUUCCUUCUACCAGUUACAUAUACCUGUUUUUAUAUUUUCUUUUUUAUAAUAAUAAUGUGAAUGUGUAAAUAUCCAUGUACUUCUUCCAGCAGUUUUUUUUUCCUCCCAUGCAUUCCCACAAAUCAAACCCCCAAAUUACACCCAUUCAGCUAGAAAGGUAUGAAAUGGCCAAGGGAAGUGUUCGCUUGGGCUUUUGAGGUAGGUUUUGAUCUUGUGCCUCAAUCUUCCUUCAUGAAAGUGACAACAUAUUUCUGAAGAUUAAUCCUUCUUAGGGGAGACAUUGACAAAAUAUAAGACAUGGAGAAUGGUAGUUUGGUGCAUUUAUCUUUCCUUUUCCCUUUUACCAACUAAGCUGGUAUCUGUAGGUAACUAUAUGAAUUUUAAUAAAAGUGAUUUUUAAAAAAUCUCUUAUGACAGACUCUUCAAAAGUUUGAAGAUGCUUGCCACUUUCAUUUUCUUAGCACACUGGAGGAGAGAACCUUAUGUUAUAUAGUUAAUGCAUUUGUUUUCUAAAAGUAUAUUUAUGGUAAUGUCUUCUUGUCAGAUUGUUCAACUGUUUCUAACAGGUAUACUCUGAGAAUAAGAGCAGAUUGAUUUAAGGACAAGCAAUGUAUUCAGGUCUUACAGAAGGUAGCUCUCCAAGCCUCCUCCUCACUAAGUCUGGUGUUUCUGAAGGAGGCCAGCUGGUGGGAAAGAGCAACCGCAAGAGGAUUGGGUAUGAAGUCUCCCUAAUGAUAUCUUUAUGAUACUUAUGUAAAACUUUAAUGGAAAAGUAUUUGUUCACUAUAUUAUUGUGAUACUUUUGAUGGUUUAUAUUUAGGAGGUCUUGUUCACUAGUUAGAAUUCCUGUGGUUACUCUAUGUCAGCCUGAGGUAGAAGCUGGUGCUUAAAAAAAAAAGUUAUCAGUAAGUAUUUGUGCCAGUGUGUCUUAAAAAAAUAGGCACUUCAGUUUUAAUUAUGUUUGUACAAUUGGCCUUUUUACUAACAAGCCUUUUUUUAAAAAAGAAUGUUGAAUUUUGAAAACUUAAUAUACCUUUGAUGUGCCCAUUAGCAAUAACUAUAGUGAUCUGUCUGUGCUAAGUGGAGUGUAUAUUAAUCAGCAAUUUUUAACAGCUUGUUCAUGUUAUAUGACAGAAUUGCCUUGGGGUAGUCCAUGGAAUUAUUUGAUGGUAUUAUAUUUGUGAAUGAAAAUUCAAUUUUUAAAAACUUUAAAGAGUUUUCUUUUUUAAUAUCAAAAGCUUAAUGAACCAAUAUGUUUUCUCUGCAAAUCUUGAACACUUCUAUAAAACUUACCCUGCUGCAUCCAAAAUACUGACUUCCAGCUCUUCUACCUCCACAGUCUUCCAAAUAGAAAAGAAUGAAUUUGGGGAAAUAAGUUGAUUGAGUCCAGUUUUAGUUCAAAUACAGAUCUCCUUCCAUCUGGGAAAGUUAUUGUGCCAAUUCAAAUUCAUCCCCAAUGAAUCUGAACAGAGUCUGAAUCAUUUGGCUGCAUGUUUUCCCUAGACGAGCCCUAUUGAGAUAUCCAGGGGUUUUCAAGCAUUCCCAAAGAUUGGUAUCUCAAAGAAGAAUAAGAUGGUGGUUGGCACACAUAAGCCUGGGUUCAUGUGGCUUGGAUUUUGAAUAAUAUAUGUUUGAGUUCUAAAAGGAUUGAAAGGAUCAAGUGUCCUUUUGUAUUUGCUAAUUUCUCUUCCUUGGAUAAGUUACAUUUUAAAUGGGAGAGAAAAGAAGAAAGAAAGCAAGUCUCAAGAUAUGGAUUAUGUACGUGAAUUUCUCCAAAAACAACCUAAAAGAGAGAUUCAAGGGUAACUCUUCUUUAUGUAUUGUAUAGUAAGUGUUAAAGGAGACUAACUAUUUUAAUGUAUUUCAUCUUAUAUUGCUCAUGGGAGGCAGUAUAGUAUAAUGAGUAGAGAACUGGACUCAGAUCCAAGAAGACUUGGGUUCAGGUCCUGCCUCUGACACAUAUUGGCUACAUGACCUUGGGCAGGUCAUUUUAUUUCUCAGUACUCUAGGUAACUCUCUAAGACUUUUAAGUUGUGGAAAAGAUGCUGACCUGAAUUGGUCUAAGAUAUUUCUUCUCCUGGGAGCCCCCUAGACUGAUGAAAUCAUAAUUAUGGACCAUAUUAUUGUUCAUGUCUUUUCAGAACUCAGUAACUGGAAAAUUGGGCCAGUCCUUUGAAAUGACAACUUUUGACAGAAAGAAAGGCUUGAAGUAGAAUUUUAGAGUAGGAAGGAACCUUUGAGAUGAGUUCCACUUACAAAUGAGGAAGUCCAGAUCCAGAAAAGUUAAAUGACUUGCUGGGAUAAGUAGCAGAGCCUGAGUCAAGAACUCAGAGCUUUUGGCUUCUGUCACUUAUUACUUGUCUGAUGAGAGACAAGUCACUUAACCUCUCUGGGAUCCAUUUAUCAUAUUAAAAAUAUCCAAUCACCUUGCAGAAGAAUAUUAGCAAUUGCUCAGUUAUUUACUGUGAUUUCCAAAUCCCUAGUAAGGAAAAAAGGGUUCUUGGUGUGUGAACUGUGAACAACAAUGACAACAACAACAAGGCAAAUACAAUUGCCAAAAACAUAUAUGGAGCCUCUAACAAUACAACUUUAGAUUUCAGUGAAUCUGAUUUUUUUUUUUACUUUCCCAACUUGGUAGCUAAAGUAUUUUGCCACCAUAUGAUGACAGUGAGUGUUGAUGUGCCUUGUUAUACAUAGCUCAGGCAAAGCCAAGUUCCUUGUCUGUGGAAUAAAUAUUAACCCUGUGUUGACUUAAAAGAACAAUACUCUUUUGUCCAUGAAGGGCCAUUCUCCUUGAGUAAAUUUUUCUUGUCAUGGAACAAUGGCAAAACUAUUGCUACAUUAUAUUAAAAAUUUGGGACAUAUUACACAUUCCUGUAAAUUCUUUGUUUUCUGGUACUUUAACCAAGCAGAUAACUCUAUGUAUCAGCCUUUCCAAAGAUCCCCCACAAUGUUAAUUAAUAUACCAAUAAAUUUAGAUUAGAGCAGUAAUUAGCAGAAAUUUAGAGCAGAAUUAUUAGAGUCUAGUUGUGGUGGUUUGGGAGAUUUGGGGACAGGGGAAAUAGAUCUCUGCCUCACCAGGCUUUUGUUACAAUCACAGUUUCCAUUGUCUUUAAAUCCAGGUAUCACCUUGUAGGUUGAAAGACAAACAAUAGUAUACUGGAAUAGCUGGAGAAACAUACCUUAACUCCCAGUUUAUCAGAAUGUUUGAUUAGGCAGCCCUCAAUCUCUGAAGGUUUCAGGUGACAAACUUUUUAUUAUAAGAUUAUUCUGCAAAUAGCUUAUACUUUCCCUUGUCUAUCGAUUUUCUUCUCCAAUAGGCAGUGAAGGAGGGAGCUCAGGACAAAACAGUAAAAAUAAACCAUAAUUAGUCUUUGCAAAAGACCACUGCUUUAGUUUUUGGUUCCAAUGUCCUUAGGCAUAGCUAAGACUUGUCAGUAUCAUCUUUGGCCCUUUUCUAGACAUUGGCAUUUGUCUUGAGGAAAUGCCUGCCUUCUAACUGAUUCUGUAAUUUAGUAACUAUCACUAUGUAAAUAUUAGCAGUAGCUGUACGACUUGCUUACAUAGUUUGCCAAGUAUUUUUUUGUAACUUUCAUCAUGUAAAUGUUAACUCAUUAUUUUACACUGAAGUGAUGUUGCCCAUGUAAAUCAAGUAACAGCUUCAAAACAGAUGAAUUAGCUGUUGACAGCUAAGGUAUGAUGUACAGAAUUGCUGGAACUUGGUUAUAUAUUUGAGCUGAAGUGGUGUAUUAUAAAAUUUAUUUCCUCUUGAUGUGGUUUUAUGUAAAUGAUUUCAUUUCUUGUAAAUGAUGUGUGCCUACCGUUUCUUGUCAUUUUUGCUUCUGUAUGGUAAAAUAAAAGAAUUUGUA